UCUCAUCUGUUGAUGCGUGGUGCCGCUGUGGGUUCUUCAGAUUCCAGGGUGACAUGUUGACGGCGGUGCUAUUUGUCAUCAUUGUGGCCCUCUUGGUGUGGCUCUUUAAACGGGGUCCCCGCGACUAUGCGCCAAAUCCCUUCGCGGAGGACACCUGUAGGCCCCCGAAGCCUCUCGUGACGGACAAGGCAGCGAGAAAGAAGGUCCUCAAACAAAGUUUCACAGCCGAGAAAGUUCCAGAGAACUUGGAUGCAGUGGUGAUUGGCAGCGGCAUCGGAGGGCUUGGAGUCGCAGCCAUUUUGGCCAAGGCUGGCAAGCGAGUGCUGGUUCUGGAGCAGCACAGCCGAGCCGGCGGGUGCACCCACACCUUCAGUGACAAAGGCUUUGAGUUUGAUGUCGGCAUCCAUUACAUUGGCGAGCUACAGGAGCACCGGUCACUGCGGGUUUUGGCGGAUCAGCUUACAGAUGGACAGCUGCAGUGGGCUCCCUUGGACAACCCCUAUGAUGUCCUCGUGCUGGGCAGUCCAGACUCAAGGCGCGAUUACCCCAUUUAUAGUGGAGAGCGGCGCUUCCCAGACGAGCUGAAGAAACGCUUCCCAGAGGAGAGCACAGCCAUCGACAAGUUUAUGCAGCUGGUGCAGGUGGUUGGCCGUGAUGUGAGGUUCAUGGCGAUACUGAAGAUGAUACCCAAGCCGGCGGCAAAGUUCCUCAUCGGCACCGGACUCCUCAGAAUCCUCUCCCCGUUUUUUAAAAUGGCGCCCCGCAGUCUCGCUGAAGUUGUGGAGGAGCUCACAGCCAACAAGGAGCUGCAGGCGGCGUUCACGUACAUCUUUGGAACCUACGGAGUCAUUCCCAAAAAUGCAAGCUUCUCAUUACACGCCUUACUGAUUUCCCAUUACCUGGAAGGGGCCUGGUAUCCUCAAGGGGGCUCCAGUGAGAUUGCUUUCCAUCUCAUCCCUGUCAUCGAGAAGGCCGGCGGUGCAGUGCUUACCCGAGCGCCGGUGAGGCAGAUUCUGGUAAACGAAGCCAAGAAGGCGUAUGGUGUUUCUGUCCAAAAGGGCGAUGGCGAGGUCCAAGUGUAUGCACCCAUCGUGAUCUCCGACGCUGGCAUUUUCAACACUUAUGAGCGCCUGUUGCCCAAGGAAAUUCAAACAAUGCCACCUAUUCAGCAGCAGCUCGGCAUGAUGAACCAUGGCCAAGGGGGGCUCAGCAUUUUUGUCGGUCUGAAGGGCACAAAGGAGGAACUGGGGCUGAAGGCCUGCAACUACUGGCUUUACCCUGACAACAACAUCGAUGAGCUCACGGAAGCCUAUUACAGAUCAUCGAGGGAGGACGCUGCCAAGUUUUCUGCUUUUGUGUACAUCGCCUCACCUUCUGCUAAAGACCCCACGUGGGAGCAGCGAUACCCAGGAAAGUCCACCCUGACGAUGCUGACAUUUGUCAGCUUUGAUUGGUUCAAAGACUGGGAAAAGGAACAAGUUGGCCAGAGGGCAGCAGAGUACCAGAACCUUAAAGAGGCAUUCAUCCAAAGCCUUCUCAAUGCAGCCAUCGAUGUGUACCCCUUAAUAAAAGAUAAGAUUGAAUUUGUAGAUGCGGGGACCCCCCUCACCAAUCAACAUUACAUAGCAGCCCCGGGUGAAUAUUAUGGCUGUGAUCAUGACUUGGCCCGGUUCCGACCAGAGGUGUGUGCUGGGAUCCGUGCCAAGACGCCUGUGAAGAAUCUUUACUUGACAGGUCAGGACCUUUUCCUGUGCGGAUUUGCAGGCGCCCUGGCCGGUGCGCAGCUCUGUGCUUCGACCGUUCUCGGGCGUAACGUCAUCUGGGAUCUUGAACGGUUACGGAAGAAGCUGGAGAAGGAGAGCGAGAUGAAGAAGAUGAAGGCGGGCUGAGUGGCCCCCCGGCACCCGUUCCAUCUCUGCUGCUUUUUAUCAUUUUACGUCUUUUUUUUUUUUUCCUCUUCUGUGGAUCUCCUGUUUGACUUUGAUUGUUUUUUAUUUUCUCACCCCCCUGCUUCUUGGUUUGUCCAGGCUUUGCUCCCCCACGUGGUGCCAUCGCUCGCUUAUGUUUUGCUCCUGUGACGUUUUGUGGUCCUCCUGGCCCAGUUCAGGGUCAUUUUAAGCAGAGGGUCUGCCUGGUACUGACUUCCAAUUCCACACCCAACAAAAUGCCACCCCAUUGCCUCCUGCUUUCUCCCACUCUCAACUGAUAGGCACCACCAUUGGGCACAUAGCCUGUGGGUAUUCUUAAAACAGCAGUAUCUACAAGAUGGCAGCCGUCUGCCCCUGUAGGAGCUGCAAUGCAUAUGCAACGCAAUGACUUGAGUAAUUCAUUAGAAGAUGCUAAGAGGGGCAGAGCGCACGCCAGCUUUUUCUUCUUUUCCCAUAUCAUGUUAGUUUUAUUUACUUGGUUUUUAAGAAGCCAUUCCCUCCGAGGUUCUUUUAUGUUUCACCCACUUACAUAAAUGGUGACCGCCUGUAUCCACUUGGCAAUUCCUCAUUUCCGUCGGGCGCCGUCGAUCCUUGUUGGAAUUCCUCUGGACUGCAAGAACGCCAUCUUAGAGUCACCAGUUAGCCUGACCUGCAUGUCUCGGCCAUUUUAGGGGAUACAACACACCACGAGUGAAUACUCAAGUCAGGGAGAAAACAUGCACAUUCCACAGUGUAACCUGUAGGGGGGCGCCACCCGAGCCCCAAACUAACGCAGUCCCGGGGUUCAAAUAAACAUUU